CAUUGAUACCGUACCAGUGUUACACACAUGGCAUGGCGAACUCUUCGAAAAUAUUUGAUUUGAUGCACAAACAGCUUCGGAAAUCUUUCAAGAAUAUUGAAUCAAUCAAAAAUGUCUGGAAAAAUACUUGCAGUACAGCUCUAUCUUCCCUAAAUUCACUGCAAAAUGUAGCAGAACAAUACCACUGCAUCUUGCGCUGUGUUCGGUCCCAAUCACCGGAUUUUAUGUUGGUAAAACGCUUUCCAGAUAUUCAUGAGAGGAUUCAAUACAAACUGAUCCAGGAAAUGGAGCUUCUGAUAGAAAAACUUCAAAUUAACAUUGAUGAACUUCAGGCCAUACUUUCCAAAGUGCAUCAGCAGUAUGUCAACAGUAUGGCCGUCUACAAGAAGAAUGCUGAACAUCUUCCUUUGGAUAAGAUCACAGAAGGAACAGCCACAUGGCCUUCGGUAGCUGAUAUGCUAGAGUGGCUUCAGGAUGUAGACGCCCUGUUCAAUUUCUUAUGUGAAAACCAAAGACAAGUCCUGGCAAGUGUAAACUACAACAAUGAAGAGCUCAUGCAGAGUCUAUCUACAAAAUGGAAGAGAGGCAACAGGGAGACAGAGGAAUCUCUUGAAAAUGUGCUGGCACACGUUUCAUUCUUUAUGGCAGACGGAUGAAGGAUUUUACUUCCAUUUAUACUGAUGUAAUUAUUUCUUUAAGAGAAAUUCUUACUGAUGACCAAGAAGGAUGGAGUUUAGAAUCAAAAGAAACAUCUACAUCAUAGUCCGGAGUGUUAAGGUGAAAGGUCAAACUGAAGAAGAACCUCAGAUCAGCAGACAUCUAUCUUGGAAGGUCUCCUGGAAUUGAAGGACAAUGAAGAGAUCAUUUCUUCAAGAAAUCUUCAGACAGAUGAACAAGAAGAAAAAGGGAGUCAAGAGCUAUGAAAACUCAUGGUGGAGUAACAAUGAAGAUCAAAGCUGAAGGUUAUUAUUUUGAACACCAAUGAGCCUCAAGUGGACUAACUGGAAGAUCUUCUUUCAGUCAAGUGGCGCUAGCUUCGCUGCUUUGGCCAUCACAAGUUUAUGCCAUCUUUCUCUGUCUGCCGUUUCCAACAGCUUUCUCCCUGUCUCUAUGUGAAUAUCUUUCAACCAGGAAAUAGCAGGUCUGCCUCUUCUUUGCUUGGCUGCCACUGUUCCUGUUAGACCUGGACAUUGAGAGGUCUACACAAGAUUAAAGAUGAUGAAGAGAGGCAGGGUCUCUGCCAGCUUUGUCAUUCAAAUCGUUUGAAAUCUCACUUUGUCACAUAUCUAUUUCUUUAAUUUGCCUACUGGUUUCCUGAAGGUUUGCCUUGCAUAUAUCAAUGCCAAGUUUAUUGGCGGCGGCAAAAAUAUAAGUUAGAAAUUUUGUAACGGAGACUUAGUAUGUAGAAGUUGUAUUUAGACACAUAUUCAACUGAAAGAACUUUUCUGACAUUAAAGGCUUUGUGUAUCAAUGUCAAAGCUGAGAGGCAUGGCCUCACAUGUUAUCAGUGUCUGUGAUAUGGUGUAAUAAUGAAGCCCUGAAAAAA